CAGGAGUACACUGCGAUAGAAGGCACACACACAAUGGUAGGCACAAAAUUAUUAGCUCUUGGUUUUGUUGUCCUGUUGAGCAUUGGAUUGGCCAAUGCUGCAAGGGUGGCUAGGUACUCCAGUGCCUCUGGAGUAGGAACGGGAGGAGGAGAGGGUGAGGGGUCUCAGGGUGGUGCUGGCUUCGGUUCUGGGAGUGGAACUGGGUCAGGCGUGAGCUCUAGUAGUGGUGCACAUGCAAGCGGUGGAGGAGGAGGCGGAGGUGGCGGUGGUAGCCAAUAUGGUGGAGCUGGAUCUGGUAGCGGCAGUGGCUCGGGCUCGGGUUCUAGUCAAUAUAGUCAAGGAUCUUCCUAUCCUUAUGGUGGUAGCUAUGGUGGAUAUACUAGUGCCGGUGGUACCGGUGGCGGCGGCGGUGGAGGGCAAGCUAGUGGUUACCAUGGAUCUAGUGCAUAUGGGGCUGGUAGUGGCACUGGUUCUGGCUCAGCUACUGCUAAUAACAAUUGGUAUGGACAAGGUAGUACAAAUGCAUAUGCUGGUGGAAACGGUGUUGGCAAUGGCGGUGGAACAAAUGGUGGAAGUGGUGGAGGCCGAGGUGCUGGAUCUGGGUAUGGCGAUGCCUACCCGUAGUUUCCGUUACGUGAGGAAUCUAAAAGUAUGGAGCCCAAUCUGGUGUGUCAAAUAGAUGUCUUCAAACUUUUCCAUUUAUUUGUUAUGGUCUUGCAUAUUAUCAAAUAAGGGUUUCAUUGUUAUGGUAAACAAUGGUGUAGUGUUUGUGAUAUAUACCGAGAAUGUAACAUGUCAAUGUAUCACUAUGUACAUAUGUAUCAAGUAAUCAGCGUUUGUGCCAA